AUGCCGCGCCCGCGCCGGCCGCCCGGAGCUGGCUCGACGCUCACGACGCUCGCCCUCGUCCUCGUCACGCUUGUGGCCGCUCAGCAGCAGCAUCCACUCGACCGCCAUGUGCACCAGACGUCUGCCCGCGCCGAGGUGCACAUGCUCGCACCCCAUCACGGACAGGCCAGCCGUAAAGACACGGUAGGCGACGCCCCCGGCCGCCCUGCCUACACGCCCUUGAACGACCAGAACGUGCGCGCCGUAGCUACCAAAGUUCCUUCUGCUCCAGCCAUCAGCGCUGUCAGAGCCCAUCCUGCCAGACACGCUGCCUCGGGGGGCCUCGUCCCCAGUGCGCGCUCUCUGCACGAUUGGGAAGUCGAGGACUUUGUUCUCCUGGCGACCGUCGACGGCCACAUGCACGCACGCGACCGCUACAACGGGGAGGAGAUCUGGGAGCUGAGCGGCCGCCCCAUGCUCGAGACCAUCUACAACGUCUCGGAAGACCGCCCCGGCCCCCAGCACCAGUCCUUUGUGUGGAUCGUCGAGCCCCGCGAGGACGGCGCCCUGUACCUCCUCACCCCCGGGCCCCACCCCCAGCUCCAGCACCUGGGCGUCACCGUCAAGCAGCUCGCCGAGAGCGCCCCCUACUCGAGCGACGACCCGGACCUCCCCGUCGUCUACAACGUCGAGAAGAAGACGUUUAUGCUCCUCGUCGACGCCGCCUCGGGCAUUGUCAAGCAGAGCUUCACCCCGGGCGGCAACUUCCCCUACGACGACAGCUGCGCCCCCGACUCCAAGAACUUCUUCACCACGCGCGAGCGCGACUGCCGCGGCGUCAUCGACAUUGGCCAGACCCAGUACACCAUCACCAUCCACAACAAGAAGACCAACGAGCUCAUCUGCACCCUCAAGUAUGCAGAGUGGAAUCCCAACAGCAGAGACAAGGACCUGCAGUCCCAGUACGACCAGACCCUGGACAAGCAGUACAUCUACACCAUGUACAACGGCGAAGUCAUCGCCUUCGACUACAAGCGCCCGCGAUCCCACCAGCGCCCCCUCUACCGCCAACGUCUGCCCUACCCUGUCGCCCGUGUCUUCGACGUUGCCCGCCCCCUGAACGACCAAUCCAGCGAGCCGCCCCUCGUUCUGCUCCCACAGCCAGCCGGCCCCAUCUUCUCCGAAGACAAAGCCAACCACGUCCUGCUCAACACCACCGAGUCCGGCGCCUGGUAUGCCCUGUCCGAAGUCAACUACCCCGCAGUCACCGACGGUGCACCGGACGCAGCUUGCUACAAGCAGGAUCAAGUAUCCUACGACUGGGACUCGGCCUACCUGCUGCCGGACAAGAGCAGCCUCGUCGGUGUUCACAGGCUAGACUACCGGAUUCCCAGCCAGCAGGCACAGCUGCCAGGCAUUCCUGCCACGACGUACUACCCAACGUUGAACGACCAGGCCGUGUCCAAUCAGCCUGAGACGUCGCACCGUGAGCAGCACCAACCACCGACCAUAGACGCGACAGGCCAGACGCAGGACAGAAUGGCUUCGAUGAAGCUUUUGGUCUUUUUCCUUGCAGCUGGCCUAUUCGUUGGUGCUUCCGUGAAACCAACACUACGCGAAUCAUGUCUGAGCCAUCUGAAGAGACUAUUGCAUUCGGCCAAGGCCAAGUUGCCUCCCGCUCCAGUGCCCACCUCUGCCGAGCCGCAAGUACAACCUGUAGAAGAAGAGGCUCUACCUCUCCCAGUCGACGAGAACCUCGUUUCCGAGAAGCCGAUGGUGGGAACUGUAGCGAAAGAUGACAUUGCCGCACCCGUUGCUGAGGAGGUCAAGGAGAAGAAGGUGACUUUUGACGUCCCAGACGACGAAGACGAAGAUCUCGCGCCCCUUUCCAGGACCACAACUGUCGAACGUAGCCCCCCUGCCGAAGACGAGGUCCUGCCUGGCACUCCGCUCAACGUGGACGCUCAACCGAUGACUAGCAGUACCGAUGAUGUUUCUCAGGAUUCGUCAGCCGCGCCCACGACUCCCAAGAAGAAGAAAGCACACCGAGGCAGACGUGGCGGACGUAAACUCAGCAAGAACCAACAGAAGGAGGAAGACGAGGUCAAUCGAAUUGUAGAUGCAGCCAAGCAGCUCGAGGUAGGACCGAGCCUGCAGCCAGAUGAGCUCACUGUCAGCGGCGGCGACGUGCAGAACGUAUCCGAGAUCAAGCGGAUCGGCAAGUUGACAAUAGACCAAGACCGACUCCUUGGCAACGGGAGCGGAGGAACGUUUGUCUUUGAGGGUAAAUGGAAGGAGGUCAAGGUGGCUGUCAAGCGCAUGCUACCGCAAUACUUUGGACUCGCGGAGCAAGAAGUAAAGCUUCUGCAGAACAGCGAUCCCCACCCGAACGUCAUCCGUUACUUUGACGACGAGAGGGAUGAAAACUUCCUCUACAUCGCCGUCGAACUCUGCCAGGCCAGCCUGUUCGACCUUUACAAAGACGGCCGUCCAGGCGAGGAACUCUCCGAAAGCCAUCAGCGUCUGGUGAACAAGAUCAGCGGCAAAGCUGCAGCUUGUCUGUACCAACUGGCCGCUGGAUUGAAUCACCUUCAUCAUCUUCGCAUCAUCCACCGCGACAUCAAGCCCCAGAACAUACUCAUCGCACAGCCGUUGAUCACGUCCAAGGACGAUGUACGGCUCGUCAUCUCUGACUUCGGACUCUGUAAGACGCUGCCCGAUAACGUUAGUACCCUUGUCGGAACGACUGGCAAUGCAGGCACUGUUGGCUGGAAAGCGCCUGAGCUCAUCUCGCAGCCCAAGGAACUAGCCAACGGCAGCUCGCAAGGCUUCUCUCGCGACUCGUCGAGCUCCACGGACCCAGUCGCCCAAGGCGUGAAGCGGGCCGUCGACAUCUUCUCUCUCGGUUGCGUGUUUUACUACGUGCUCACCGGCGGCUGCCAUCCCUUUGACGACGAAGAAGGCUGGAUGCAGAUCCGUGAAUACAACAUCAAGAAGGAGAAGUCGAACCUCGAUCGCCUGCUUCUCGGUGCAGACUCUGUGGAGCCACAUCGCCUCAUCCACUGGAUGCUGCGACCUAGGCCUGAAGACCGUCCCAACGCCUUCCAAGUGAUGAACCAUCCCUUUUUCUGGGAUGAUCAGAAGCGCCUUGAUUUCCUGUGCGACUGCUCCGAUCAUUGGGAACGUGAACCUCGGGACCCGCCAUCUGCCCACCUGUCGGUGCUCGAAGAAGCCUCGCAAGACGUGCUCGACCACAGACGCAACUUUCUCGCCAAGCUCGAUCAGGGCUUCAUCAACUCGCUCGGGAAACAGCGCAAAUACACAGGCGACAAGAUGCUGGAUUUGUUGAGGGCGCUCAGGAAUAAGAAGAAUCACUAUGAGGAUAUGGACGAUGCAAUCAAAGCAAAGGUGGGGCCUUUGCCGAGCGGUUAUCUCAGGUAUUGGACGGUCAAAUUUCCGCAACUGCUUAUGGCUUGUUACGAGGCGGUGUUGGCCUGCGACCUGGAGCAUGAGCCGCGGUUCAGGAAGUAUUUCGAGAGCAUGAAGUAG